CUCCGUCAAGCCAAGAGGACAUGCAGCUCGUCAGCGAGCUGUCAGCAGUCAUCGAAGAUGCAGCUUCUUUGAACGAGGCGGGGACGAGCGAGCCGAUCAAGCUGGUCCUGGACAAGGCCGUUGGCAAUCUCCACGACACCUUCUACUCUCGGGGGAAGUGGGCGAAGACGCCAGAGGAGCAGGGAGUGGGGCGCAACGUUCUCAAGGAGAAGCUGGGGAAGUGGCUGCAGAGCAAGCGCUGGACUCGCGUGCAAGGAGAGAGCAAGAAGGCAAGGAGGGGCAGCGCGUUCUCGCCACGGGCAACGGCAGCUGCUGAGCUUGAGCAGGAGGCGGAGAGCGACGACAUAGAGCGUCGAUCUCUUCAAAAGGACCGACUGCGGGUGGAGAUGAGGGAAGAUGACGAAGAAGAGGAAGACAUGGAAGAAGAGCAAGGCGAGGGCGGGGGCCGAGCGGCUUGAGCUGUGCUCAAGGUAAGGAGAGAAGGUAGGACUCCGGGAGGCAACCGAAGGCCAAGGUGAGGAGAGGCAACUCUUCUGACUGAGGCUGAGGAAGCUGAAUGGAGGAGGAGUAGGUGGCGACUGAAGGCCAAGGUGAGGAGAGGCAACUCUCCUGACUGAGGCUUAGGAAGCCAAGAGAAGACAGCAGAAGUAGAAAGAAGGACGAGACCUCAGAAGCAGGGUAGCAUUGUAGGCCGUGUACUCCCAGUGCUCGCGCGCCUCUUUAGACUAG